AGUAGUAACGUGUGUGAGUUCAGAUCAUCUUUUACAAGCAGGCGUACGAGUCCGAAGCGCAGAGAUGCAGUCUGUGGAGUCUCUCCUGCACAGUGGCUACUUCCACCCCACUCUCAGAUACUGGCAGACCUGUGCGGCAGACCUGCGUCCAGAGAACCUCAUCUACCCCAUCUUCAUCACUGACAGCCCCGAUGCGGUGGAGCCUAUCGGCAGUAUGCCAGGACAGGCCAGAUAUGGGCUCAAUAAGCUGGAAGACAUGCUACGCCCCCUUGUGGAAAAAGGCUUAAAGUGCGUGCUUAUCUUUGGUGUCCCUGCUAAAGUUGCCAAGGAUGAUCGUGGCUCGGGCGCGGACACGGAUGAUACCCCUGCUGUUCUGGCUGUGAAGAAACUGAGGUCCACCUUCCCUGACCUGCUGGUGGCCUGUGACGUCUGCCUGUGCCCCUACACCUCGCACGGACACUGCGGAAUCCUGACCGACGAUGGCACUCUGGACAAUGAGGCUAGCUGCCUGCGUCUGGCGGAGGUGGCGCUGGCCUACGCCCAGGCGGGUUGUCACAUUAUCGCCCCAUCGGACAUGAUGGAUGGGCGAGUGGGAGCCAUCAAGCAGGCGCUGAUGUCCAACGGACUGGGUAACAAGGUGUCAGUGCUAAGCUACAGUGCCAAGUUUGCCUCCUGUUACUAUGGUCCCUUCAGGGAUGCAGCUCAGUCCAAGCCAGCAUUUGGGGACCGUCGAUGCUACCAGCUUCCCCCUGGGGCAAGAGGCCUGGCUUUGCGUGCGGUGGAUCGUGAUGUGAGAGAGGGGGCGGAUAUGCUGAUGGUAAAACCAGGACUGCCCUACCUGGACAUGGUGAGGGAGGUCAAGAACAAGCACCCUACCCACCCGCUGGCUGUGUACAACGUGUCGGGAGAGUUCGCCAUGCUGUGGCACGGGGCCCAGGCCGGAGCCUUUGACCUGCGAGCUGCUGUUCUGGAGGCCAUGACUGCUUUCCGCCGUGCUGGCGCUGACAUCAUCAUUACUUACUACACACCUCAGCUGCUCAGCUGGCUCAAGGAGUAGCUUACAGACAGCUGGAUGGAGUGAUAGCAUGACAGACAGACGGUCUGUCGCAGUCACUCAAGGCUGACCUACACUGACCAUGGGGAACUUCAGAUAUUAAACUGAUGAUCAGUACAGAUGGACAAUCAAAUAACUGUUUCGGGUUCUGUGAUCUAGUGACUGUGGUGUAUGGUAGUGUAUGCACCUGGCUUCCCUUAGUUUCCUGGCUGUCUAGUCUGGAUAGCACAAGUUAGUUUGUGGUAGGGCCUGAAUGGGGUUAUGCUCACACUUGCUGGUCUGACACUGUUGCGUAUUCAACUUUCCUUUUGUCCUGAAAGUUGCUCUGAAUAAGAGCGUUUGCUAAAUGAAUUCAAUGUAAUGUAACUCUAAACAAUUAAGGAUAACGUUUAGCACUCUUCACUCCUAUUGGCCAUGUUGAGGUUUUAAAUCAGAUUCUAACCAAUAAGAUCCCUUCAGUCUGGGAAAGCAACUACUGUUCACCAUGUCAUUCUGUGAAUGUAACUGAAUCCAGUCACAAUCAGUACCUUUCCACUUUCCACAUCUAUCAGUGACAAGGCUUGAGGAAAGGGUUUGAUAGGGAAAAAAGAUUGUUCUUGACUGUGGUCACCAAAGAUUAUUGCUGAUUGUCUAUGUUUUGGGGGCAUUUCUGCUUAAACUGACAUUGUUUCAAAGGUCUAGUUUUUCUUCCUCAUAAUCCUUUGAUUGCCACUGUUGACACUCACUGACAUUUGUAGCUGUUGAUAAGUUGUUUUUUUAUGCUAAUAAAAUUAUGGAUCAAAAAUAUGGAA